GGCCGCCAUUUUAAUAGUGUUUUUUGUCGGACAUUUUGGGUGUGUGACGAUUUUGUGUAAUUUUCUAAAAUAAAUCACUUCAGAUAUUAAUAGAAACAACAUUAAGAAUAUCCGGAGGUAAUGUCGGACCGCAAGCGACUGCUCGAAGAACUUCGAGUCAUAGAUUUACGCGCUGAACUAGAGAAGCGAAAUCUUGAUAAAAGUGGCAUACGCAGCGUGCUCAUACAGCGUUUAACAAAGUACUUGGAAGAACAAGGCGAAGAUCCCGCCACUUACAAGUUUGAGUUGGGUGUAGAUUGUAAAACGCCGUCCAAAAGAACCAGACGGACGGAGAGCUCAAUAGAGCCGGAGUCCGAGGAUACGCCAGCAAUGGAAGAUAUGAUAGUGCAGGACGCGGCAGAGGACGACGAAGCCGAAGGAGAAAAAAAUACUUCCUCAGAGACUCAAGAUGAAGCAAAAAUGGAGGUUGAGGGGAACGAUAAGUCCAGUAGAAAACGGGAGAGCACUGACGACUGUGAACCGACACCCGCCAAAAAGCCGUGCUUGGACCAACAAGAAAAAGAUUUAAAACAAGAGGAGGACCACAAAGGAGAAAAUAACACAGACGCCGAAGACAGCAUUAACUUAGACCUUGGGGAUGAUGAGCUUUUGAACGAAGAGACUGACCAUAAUGCAACUAAGAUGAAAAAAGAUGACGAGCGCCACGAGGACACAGCGGCUGACGGGAGCGGCGAUCCAGCCCCAAAGGACGGGGAGUCAGCUGACGCGGCAUCUUCUGAAAAUCAAGUAAACAACGAAGCAACAACCAAUAGCCAUGAUACUGAUAACGAUAAAGAGUCUAGGAACAAAGAUGAUAAAGACAAAGAGGGAGAUGAUAAGAAAGAUAAAAAGGAUGACGGCAAGGAGGGUGGAGCUCGCAACCUCUGGGUCAGCGGACUGUCCAGUGACACUAGAGCUAAGGACCUGAAACAGCUGUGCAGCAAGCAUGGCAAGGUUAUUGGAGCGAAAGUCGUGACGAACGCACGGACGCCCGGUUCCCGCUGCUAUGGCUACGUCACCAUGGCAACGGCUCAAGAUGCCGAAAACUGCAUCAAGAACCUACAUAGAACUGAACUCCAUGGGCGAAUGAUUUCUGUUGAGAAAGCUAAGUCGGAAUCCGAGUCGUCGUCCCGGAGACAACCGGCUGUCAGGACCGAGAGGAGACCCAGCAAGGAGCAGAAGGAAGAAACGGAUAAGGAGGGUAUAAAUAAUUUUUCUAAAAAUAAGAAAGAUGGAGACGCUUCUGGUGGGGAAAGUGCCAGGUCCACUUCUAGGACGAGAGAAAAGUCGCACCGUUCUGAAAAGGACAGGGCUAAGCGGAGUACUAGAAGUCGCGAGAGAAGACGAUCCCCAAGAGAGGUUUUAUCGUUCUCCAAAAUAUGGAAGGAGCGCGACGAUGCGCGAGCGCGGGAGCGGUCGCGGGCGGCGCGCGAGGACGAGCGGCGGCGGCGCGCGGCGGAGGAGGCGCUGCGGGAGCGCGAGCGCCGCCAGCGACAGGAGAAACACCGCCUCAACAUCGAGCGGGAGAAGCUGCGGGCUGAGAGAGAAAAAAUAGAACGCGAGAAGAAUGAGCUGCUGCGGCUGGAGCGAGAAAGACACAGGCUGGAGCGGGAGAAGCUCGAGCUGGAGCGCUUGGAGCUUAAGCGCGCUCAGCUACGCUUGGAGGAGGAGCGGCGUAAGCGCGGCUACGACGGCGCCUACCGCAAGCCCGCGCCCAGCCCGCCGCCCGAGCCCGCUUACGAGCGCGAACGGCACAAGCGCGCGCCACCGCCGCAAAUGGUGCGGACCAUGCCGUCAAGCCGCGGGCAGUUCGAGGCGCCACCGCCGCCGCGGUUCGAGUUGGCCGGCGGGUACGAGCGCGGCGACAAGCGCGACCGCGACCGCGACUACAAGCGCGACUACCCAAGACAUGUACCCUCUAACAACAUGAAGUACCCGAGCAACGGCAGCGCGACCGACGACGCGCGCCAGCCCAUCCCUCCAGGCACAAGACCUAAGGAACCAAGCCGGACGUACGAGUCGCGCGACAGCCGGUCGUAUCGGCCGUCACCGCCCGGCAAGCCGGAGCCGCGCAACUGGAGCGCCUCUAACCGCUACCCCGACGCGGCGCAGCCUAAAGCAGGCGGAGGCAGCAGCACCUCGAACACGGAGUGGUCUGGCGAGGCGCGGUACGCGGGCGGCGCGCAGUACGAGCCCCGCUACGGCGCGUACCAGCCGCCGCCGCCCGGCGCCACAUACCCCGACAGAUACGCCCAGCCCGCCAGGGACUACCCGCGCAAAUAUUAGAUAGAUUAACCAACCCUGAACUAGUGAAAUGGUGAAGAAUAAAAUAAGGACGCUGUUAAUAAAAAAUUAACGUUAAGUCAAAGUUGAAACUCUUACAUCUUAAUGUAAAUGACUAUAUUAUAUUAGUACAAAGUGUUUUCAACUACGUCUUUAUGUAAAGACUCGCAUGUUUAAUGUGUAUAUCAUAUUGUAAGUUUAGAAAAUAAACAAUUUCCAAUGCACA